AUGCCACCAUUAGGAGUAAAAAAAAAGAAGCCAUCUGGAAUCAUAAAGAGUCAACCAACGGGACAUGAUAAAAGAAAAAAGAAGGCGAAACAACAAGCAUACAUCAAGUCUAUAGCAGGUUCUAUGUUCAAGUAUGUAAAGAAAGUUGAGAAAUCUGGUGAAAGUUCUAACAGAGAUGAGGAAGAAGAGCAUCAUGAAGAUGUCAAUAAUUCUGAUCAAUGUCAUCUAGAUGAGACUGAAAAUCAAAGUGAGGAGCAAGAAGAUAUUUCUGAUAUUUAUGAUCCUGGGAAUUGGAGAAACAUUGAUCAAAGAUUGAGAGAUUUGUUGGUUAAAAAUGGUCCUGCACCAAGGUUUUCAAGUGGUUAUCGGUACCCUAAAGAUAGUAUUGGUAGGCAUUUUUCUCAAGCAUUCUACACAAGAGAAAUGGUCAAUGGAGAGAAACAGGAUAGAAGAUGGUUGUUGUUUAGACAUGAAGACAGUGGUGGUAACUUGGCAAGUACGGGGUACAAUGAUUGGAGAAACUUUUCUAGAAGACUAAAACAACAUGAAGUUUCUCACGAUCAUGUUAUGUGUAUGACACGCUGGACAGAUUUGGAGAGAAAUUUGGUAUUUCGUGGGGAUAAUGAUAAGCUUGGUGAAGCAAAUAAUGGGAAUUUUUUGGGUCUUAUUGAGAUGAUUGCAGAAUUUGAUGUAGUGAUGAGGGAGCAUAUUAGAAAAGUUGAAAGGAAGGAAAUCUAUUCGCAUUACCUUAGCCACAAGAUUCAGAAUGAGUUAAUUACAAUGCUUGUUAUGGAAAUCAAAGUUAUGAUCAUCAAGAAGAUUCAUGAGUCAAAGUAUUUCUCUAUUAUUUUAGAUUGUACUCCGGAUAUUAGUCACAAAGAACAAAUGACUUUGAUUAUCCGAUGUGUGGAUGUCUCUACAACAUCAACUAAGAUUGAGGAAUUCUUUUUGACAUUUCUGAUUGUCAAAGAUAAAUCAGGAGAAGGGCUGUUUUCUUCUCUCCAAGAUGCAUUGGUUGAACUAGAGUUAGAUAUUGAUGAUGUUAGAGGGCAGGGAUAUGAUAAUGGAGCUAAUAUGAAGGGAAAGAAUAAAGGAGUUCAGAAGAGGUUGUUAGAAGUUAAUCCAAGAGCCUUCUUUACACCAUGUGGUUGCCACAGUCUUAAUCUUGUGUUGUGUGAUAUAGCAUCUUCUUCUACAAAAGAUGUGUCUUUCUUUGGAAUUGUUCAAAGAAUAUAUAAUUUGUUUGCCUCUUCAACAAAUAGGUGGGAUAUAUUGAUAGAGGUGGUUGGAGGACUAACUCUUAAAUCUUUGUCUCAAACACGGUGGGAAAGUCAUGUUGAAAGUGUCAAAGCAAUACGGUUUCAAGCCCCAGAAAUCAGAGAAGCUUUACUUACCUUGACUGAAAGUACUGAUGAUCCGGGAACACGAAGUGAUGCUGAAUCUCUUGCACUAAGUGAAACACAUGGAAUUGGAGGUUUCGAGUUCUUAUUUGGUAUGGUUAUUUGGUAUGACCUUCUCUCUGUUGUUAAUAAAGUAAGCAAGAGCUUGCAGUCAGAAAAUAUGGAUAUUGAUGCGGCGAUUCACCAAUUGAAAGGACUUGUGUCAUAUUUUAAGAAAUACAGAGAGACAGGUUUUGAGGAAGAAAAGUCUAAAGCUACACAAAUUGCAGCAGAAAUGGAGAUUGAAGCUACAUUUCCCGUGAACAAAAAGCGUAUCAUUAGAAAAAAGAAGCACUAUGAUGAGGACAGAGAAGUAGUUAGUGAAAACGUAAUAUUAACGCUAGAGGAGAGAUUCAGAAUUGACUACUUCAACAUACUUAUUGAUCAAGCUCUAGUUUCUCUUGAGUCAAGGUAUGAACAAACUUUUGGAUUUCUAUUUGACUUAAAGAAACUGAAAUUGUCAAAUGAUGAUACUUUGAAGACAUCAUGUGUGAACCUAGAGGCUGCUCUAAGGAAUGAUAUGGUUUCUGACAUAGUUGGUGAGGAACUGCUUCUUGAACGACAGGUUCUACGAGAAGUAAUACCAAAGGAAGUUCAGAAACCUAUUGAAGUGCUUGAUUUUUUGAAGAGAAUGCAAGGCUGCUAUCCAAACACAGAAAUUGCUUAUCGCAUAUUGUUGACCAUUCCAGUAUCAGUUGCCACAGCGGAAAGAAGUUUCUCAAAGUUAAAGUUGAUAAAAAACUAUUUGCGGUCUACCGUGUCACAAGAGAGAUUGAAUGGGUUGGCUUUGCUAUCAAUUGAGACGUCUAUGGUUGAAAAGCUUGAUUAUGUGACAUUGAUGAAUGAUUUUGCAAACAAAAGUAUAAGUAGAGCCAAAUUUCGUGAUUGA